UGAGGGAACAGUUAGCUUACAUUCUACUUCUGUGCCCUUAAAGAUACAGUCUACACUAAUUUCAAAAGUGCCCAGUUAGAGAAACCAGAGCUAGCAGAGAAGUGACUCUUAUGAGACCUUAAAUCUCACAUUAUACUGAUUUUUGGGCAAUAUUUGCUUCAGUACCUAAGUAAAUUGUACUAGGUUACAAAAUGCCCUUCGGUUUCUCCUCCACAUCUUUUUGUUUUGUUUUGUUUGUUUGUUUGUUUGUUUGUUUUGUUUUGUGGUUUUUUUGGGGGGGUGUUUUUUUGUUUGUUUGUUUUUUGGGUGGUACAGGUGGCCAGUUCCCAGAGAGAAAGGAAGAGUAGGAACCAUAAAUGAGUGCUGUCCUCAACCAAGGUGCUGAAGAACACCCCGCAGCAUUCUGCUACCAGGUGAAUGGAUCUUGCCCCAGGACAGUCCAUCCUCUGGGCAUCCGGUUGGCCAUCUACCUGGCCGGUGCAGUAGGCAUGUUGAUUACGGUCCUAGGAAAUUUGUUUGUGGUGUUUGCUGUGUCCUACUUCAAAGUGCUUCACACCCCCACUAACUUCUUGCUGCUUUCCUUGGCCCUGGCUGACAUGUUUCUGGGUCUGUUAGUGCUGCCUCUCAGUACCAUUCGCUCCGUGGAGAGCUGCUGGUUCCUUGGAGACUUCCUCUGCCGCCUGCAUACCUAUCUGGAUACCCUCUUCUGCCUCACCUCCAUCUUCCACCUCUGUUUCAUUUCCAUAGACCGCCACUGUGCCAUCUGUGAGCCCUUGAUCUAUCCCUCCAAGUUCACAGUCAGGGUGGCCAUCGGGUACAUCCUGGCAGGGUGGGGGAUUCCAGCAGCUUACACAGCUUUCUUCCUCUACACAGAUGUGGUAGAGAAUGCGCUUAGUCAGUGGCUGGAAGAGAUGCCUUGUGUGGGCAGUUGCCAACUGCUCUUCAAUAAGUUUUGGGGCUGGUUAAAUUUUCCUAUGUUCUUCUUCCCCUGCCUCAUCAUGAUCAGCUUGUACGUGAAGAUUUUUGUGGUUGCCAUCAGGCAGGCUCAGCAGAUCAGCACCUUGAGCAAAAACCUGGCUGGGGCUGCCAAACGUGAAAGAAAAGCUGCCAAGACCCUCGGCAUUGCCGUGGGCAUAUACCUCUUGUGCUGGCUUCCCUUCACCAUUGACACGCUGGUUGACAGCCUCCUUAACUUCGUCACACCGCCACUGGUCUUUGACAUCUUUAUUUGGUUUGCUUACUUCAACUCGGCCUGCAACCCUAUCAUUUAUGUCUUCUCCUACCGGUGGUUCAGAAAGGCACUGAAACUCUGCCUGAGUCGAGAGAUCUUCUCACCUCGGACACCCACUAUUGACUUGUACCAAGAGUGACUUCUUUGAAUGCAGGCGAGGGGUAGGUCCCUGCAGGAAGGAUGAGUGCUCUGUGGCAGGGGCGGUGUCAUGAGUUUGUGGGCAUGCUUUUAGGGCACCAUGGUUUAAGUGGAGGAGAAAAAACAACCUCUUAAUUUGAAAAGAAAUAUAGUACUCUCUUAAUUCAAUGUUUCUGUAGUAGAAUGUAGCACUCUCUUUAUUCAAUGUUUCUGUAGAAAAGGAGGGAAUGAAAUCAACCAAGUAUUUAUUGGCUGCGUUGAACUUCUGUGAAAAUAUUUGGCUCCUUGUUAUCACUUCCUUGAGACUGAGAUACAGAGGUGGAGAGAAAAGAGCGUGAGGUGGAGAUUUCUGAGUUCUCAUACUGGUUCUGCCUCCUGGCAGUGCUUGGGUGAGACUAUUUUGACAACCUUUGAAUUUCUCCCCAUCUCAGAGUUGCAGCUGGAAAAUUAGGGUUUUGUACUCUUUGUUCAGGUAACCUGAAGCUCAAAUAUUGUAUAAUAAUUUAACUUUGGAAAACGCUGUUUGACAUCACUUUUCAUCAUUGUAGUCAAGUGUUGGGAGUGUUUCUUUUUCAAAAUGUCCUCUUUAGAAUCCCUGUCUCCCUAAACAGGAUUGUAAACUACGUUUGUCCAUUUCAAUGAUCACUGAGUAAAUGUAUUGUAUUCUUGAAGGAAUAUUUUCUCGCUUUUCUUUAAUUAUUAAAACUUGGAAAUGGUGAAAUGUUUGUAAAGUGAUAAUGAUCCACAUCUGGCCAUUGUAAUAUUUUUCCUUUAAAAAAAAAAAAUUACCUAAGUUAGAUCUACUAUCUUUCCAGGGACACCAGUAUAUGAUUUUCUUUGGAAAUACAAGUACUUAAGCCACAUGCUUUUUCAACACUGAACCAAGUGUUUCUUAGGACCUAUUACUAGUAAAGGUACUGACAUCUUCUAUGUACAUUUUGCCUCUUUUUUCUUCCUAAAUCUUUUCCUACAGGUCUCUAAUAACUCCCACAUUUCUUACUGACUAUUUUUCAAAUUAAUAAUUGCUGAUUUGGAAAACUUAUUUGUAAGUUAA